GGCAUCGGUGUUAGAGUUGGAUUUUUGGUGGUAGCGGUAACGGUGAUGGCGGAGACGAAGGCGAUUGGGGUGGUGGGUAGCGGGCAGAUGGGCUCAGGUAUCGCCCAGAUCGCUGCCGUCGCGGGUGUCGAUGUUUGGCUUCACGACUCCGACGCUCAAGCUCUCAGAAGAGCUAAAAAUUCCAUCUCCAGUUCCCUCCAGCGCCUUAUUGCCAAAGGCCACCUCUCUAAGGAAGUAGGCUCUGAUGCUCUGCGACGUCUUAGGUUUACCUCGAAUUUGGAAGACUUUCGAUCCGCGGAUGUUAUCAUUGAAGCGAUUGUGGAAUCAGAAGAUGUUAAGAAGAAACUAUUUUCUCAACUUGAUAGAAUUGCCAAGGCUUCUGCCAUUUUGGCUUCUAAUACAAGUUCUAUUUCUAUUACUCGCUUGGCUUCAGCUACUAUGCGUCCCUACCAGGUGAUUGGCAUGCAUUUUAUGAAUCCUGUUCCUACCAUGAAACUGGUUGAGAUUAUAAGAGGUGCGGACACAUCAGAUGAAACAUUUGUGGCAGUGAAAACCUUAUCAGAGCGGCUUGGAAAGACUGUUAUAUGCUCUCAAGACUACCCUGGAUUCAUUAUAAAUCGGAUUCUUAUGCCCAUGAUAAAUGAAGCAUUCUUCACUCUCUAUACUGGGGUGGCAACAAAAGAGGACAUUGAUGCAGGGAUGAAGCUGGGUACAAAUCAGCCAAUGGGCCCUUUAGAGCUCGCAGAUUUCAUUGGACUGGAUGUUUGCCUGUCAAUAAUGAAGGUCCUUUACGCUGGUCUGGGAGACAGCAAAUAUGCUCCAUGCCCUCUUCUUGUACAGUAUGUUGAUGCUGGUCGCCUAGGAAAGAAACGAGGUAUUGGUGUAUAUACUUACGGUAAACCACCAGAAGUUGUAAAACCAUCACCUCGUCUCUGAAUAACGAUAUGAGAUGGGCAGUGAAUCCUUUGAACCCUUGCCAUCCACAGAGAAAAUGAGGGAGUCUGUGUGUACACCUUCAAUAAGAUACCAGCACCCAUAGAACCAUUAACUUGACCAUGGAGCAGUCAAGCCAUGUAGUGAGGGGAAAUUAGACAGAAUAAAUACUUGAUCUUUCCUUGUG